GUUGUUACCGGAAGUUGGAGGGGUGGUUCCAGCUGAUCCUCACAACAGAACCGAAGACAGCGGAACGGUGCCCGCUGGCACCUCGCCUUUGCCGGGGUUGAAAAGAGAACAACGCGGCCCUCCCAGACAGUCGCUCCUUCCGGUCCGUAGCUCGGGCCCAGUCUGUCAUGGUCCCAGCGCGGAGAUGGCGUCUGUACCGGGCUCGUGUGAGGAGGACCCCGCCGAACUGGACGGCUCUCUGCAGCAGAUGCUCAAGGCCAUCGCCGACGAGCGGAACCGACUGAACAUCCGGCAGGAGAUGAGCGGACUGGGUCAGACGCUUCCGCCGAUGCUAACGGAUCGUUUAGUGUCCUUGGCGCUACGAUGCUAGCGUAGCUGUUGCUUUAAGGAUGACCGGAUCGUGUUCUGGACGUGGAUGUUCUCCACCUACUUCAUGGAGAAGUGGGCUCUCCAGCAGGACGACAUGCUCUUCUACGUGCGCAGGAAGUUGGCCUACGUGGGCGCCGACAACACUGAGGGCAAGAAGGUGGAGGUGGAAGUCUACAGGAGAGACUCCAAGAAGCUUCCGGGCCUCGGAGAUCCGGACAUCGACUGGGAGGAGAGCGUCUACCUCAACCUUAUCCUGCAGAAGCUGGACUACGUGGUGACGUGCGCCGUGUGCACGCGCUCAGACGCGGGUGACAUCCACAUCCACAAGAAGAAAUGCCAGGAAGUGUUUGCCUCGCCCAGCAAACACGCUAUGGACAGCAAGGGGGAGGAGUCAAAGAUGAGCUACCCCAACAUCUUCUUCAUGAUCGACAACUUUGAGGAGGUGUUCAGCGACAUGACGGUGGGGGAGGGGGAGAUGGUGUGCGUGGAGCUGGUGGCCAGCGACAAGAGCAACACCUUCCAGGGCGUCAUCUUCCAGGGCUCCAUCCGCUACGAGGCGCUCAAGAAAGUCUACGACAACCGGGUGAGCAUGGCCGCCAAGAUGGCCCAGCGCAUGUCGUUUGGCUUCUACAAGUACAACAACAUGGAGUUCGUGAGGAUGAAGGGGCCGCAGGGCAAAGGUCACGCCGAGAUGGCCGUCAGCAGGGUGCCCACCGGCGACACCUCCCCCUGCGGCACGGAGGACGAGCAUGUGACGCCGGUGCACGAGCGGGUGACGUCGUUCAGCACGCCCCCCACCCCUGAGAGGAACCGCCCCGCCUUCUUCUCGCCGUCGCUCAGGCGUAAGAUUCCUCGCCACAGGAUGGCCGAGAUGAAGAAGUCCCACUCCGCCAACGACAGCGAGGAAUUCUUCCGGGAGGAGGAAGACGAAGACCUCCACAGCGCCACCAAUCUGCGGUCACGCUCGCUGUCAGGGACGGGUCGUUCUCUGGUGGGGUCUUGGCUGAAACUGAACCGCAGCGAUGACUACUUCCUGCUCUACUCCCACCUGACCUACGUCACCUUGCCUUUGCACCGCAUCACCACAGACAUCUUGGAGGUGCGCCAGAAGCCCAUCCUGAUGGCGUAGCGGCGCCUUCUCGUCGUCAGCAAAGUGCCUCCCCCCCCCGCAUCACGCCAUUCGGGGUCCCGCCCCGGACCGGCCGCCACCAGAACCGCAAACCAGCUGUCCAAGAAGUGCCUCCUCGUCUUCUUGACGUUCCUGCCGCUCAUCACCACGGAUACGGCGCCAGGAUCACAUGACCUCAGCGCGACAAGGCGGCGGGCUCGGACAGGAAGUGACACGCUGUAAAUAUUGUGCUGCACCUGACGUAGUUAGCGGGGUCACGACCUUCCGCAGACCCGAUGAUGCUGAAAAGGGAAGACGGAGCUUUGGCCAAGCAGGGAGGGGCGGCAGACACGCCGCCACUUCCUGUUUGCACGUCGUCACGGCAACACACGCAGACUUGGGAUGAGUUUUGCUACACGAGCGUCACAAUUUAUUCUUCUUACUCAAACACUGAAAGUAAAGUCCGAGAGCAGAAAACCUCUGGUUUCGUUUUAUUCCCGCAG